GUGUUUUUCACAUGGAGUCUGCUCGGACCCUUUUUGCCUCUCAUCCUAACCUGAGAGCAUGUAGGCUGGGGUGAGGACCCUGAAUGUCGAGCCAUAAAAGUGGACAAUCUCCUGGUGCUCUUGUGAAGACAGAAUCCCCCCCUCUGCCUGCCAACUGGUGGACCCCCCUGCGCUUUUGCUCCUCCUCUGUGCCACACUCUGGAAGCAGUGGCGGCGUGAGUGUGACCUGUCAAUUCCUCCCACCUGAGCUGAUUUUUAAAAAAGGCUUUAAAAAGGAAAAGGAUCUCCUGCCCUAUUCAUUUUAAAGUAUAUAGAAUAGAUUUAUUCCAUCACCACGCUGGCAAAACAGCAAACACAGACACUGCUAAGCUUAAUCUAUUUUAGCAAGGGCAAAAAGCGCGUGCCACAGGCCUGUGCACUGCUUUAACGCAACAUGAGGCCUGGCACAGGCACAUUGCUUUACAGGGCUGUGAUUUUACAACCUCUAAGCUUCUUUAAUCCCUCUUCCCCCACCUCCCCCCCACCACAAGUAGGCUUAAGCGUAUGGGGAAAAUGCACUUAAGUCGUUAAUAUCCUGUUAUCUUCUUUGAGUGAAUUCCUUUUCUCUCAGCUGAUAGUAAACAACCUAAAGCAAACACAGAUACCUAAAAUUUCCACACUGAGUAAUUUUAGGAUCUCUCAGGGACAAGGUUGCUCUUUGUGGGAAAACAAUUCUUGAAACAACUUUGUCAUCACCAAUCUGUUUUUAACCUUUUCCUCCCAACACCUGUCCCAUAGUGAAACACUUUUAAUAGCAAUAGCAAAUAGCAAAUUUAACAGCAAUACCAAACCCAGUAUACCCUGUACAGGUGUAUCUUAGAAUUGCAAUCUUAGAAAGCUUUUUCUACUCUUUUUAUGGAAUUAGCCUUCCUUUCAUUAAUAUCAUUACAAUUACUUUCAAAUUAAUCACUUACUGCUUUUCUGGAGUGCUAUUUUGUAAACAAACCCAGCAGAGGUACAACAGCAAUCAAAAGCAGCAUUUAAGAAAACGUUUGCAUGCUGCACACGUUUUCUUAAAUGCUGCAACGUCAGUUCUCGCUUCCGCUCCCCUCCUCUGCUCCCGAGCACUGCGCGGGCAGAGGCCGAGACGGGGUCCCGAGCGUGGGGCGGCGACGCUCGGCCUCGCCUCGAACUCCAACUCCCAGCAGGCAGCAGGGCGCGCGACCCCGGAAGUGGACGGAGCCUUUUCUCCCGCGGCAGUUACGGCGUUGGGCUGGGGAUCGCGCCGGACCGGCGGGGCGUUAAGCCAUGCCUGUUUCAGCUGAUGAAACUGUGGGGAACGUGGCUGUGAGAGAUACAGUCCUUACUCCAGCUGGAAUUGAAGGAUUACAAGAAUCCUCAUCUACACAGAAUGUGAAAGCUCGACAAGUCAUAUCAAGAAUCAGUCGAGAGGAACUGGAAGACAGAUUUCUUCGUCUGCGUGAUGACCACAUCCUACUCAAACAGUAUGCCAAUAAGCAAGAGGAGAAAAUUAAAAGAAUGACCACCAAGUUAAUACGGCUCGUUAAUGAUAAAGGAAAAUGUGACCAGGCUGGCUGUGGACCCAAGCGGCUGGGUCAGGCUCUGGAGCUGGAAGAAAUGAUUGAGCAUUUGCGAGAAAAAGUUCGUGAACUUGAGAAACAAAAUGAGAGCCUCCGCAACAAACUCAUUUCAACUAAACAGCAGCUCCAGAUUCAAGGCCAUAGGCCUUGUCUGUACAGCUCCAUUCAAUCUCGUGUGAACACUGGUCUCAAAAAAGAGAGUGAGAUUGCUGGCAUGCCAGAGCACACCAAGAAGGGAAUGAGAUUUCAAAGUUUAGAAGUGAGAUCGUCUGACCUUGUGCUCCCCAAAUAUGGACAGAGUCUGCUCGAGGAUUCAAGGGCUGAAAUCAGAAAUUUGGAGACUGUCAUUGAGUCCCAAAAGAACCAAAUUGAGGAACUAGACCGUGCCAGAGAGAUCCUUGGGAGUCAGCUAAGAAGGAAAGAAAAGGAAAUUGAAGAAUCCACCCUACAGCUGAAAGAGCAGGGUACAGCAAGCCAAAGGCUAAACAUUCAGGACAAUGUGGAAAUGAUCAAGGUCCGUAAACAGCUGGCUGAGAAAAGCAAUGCUCUUUCAGCAAUGGAAGGAAAACUUCUCCAGCUUGAAGAGAACCUAAAGAACUUAAAGACAAACCAUGAUGCAUUAUUAGCAAAAGGUGAUGAAAUGAAUGUUCAGCUUAAAGAGGAGCGGUUAAAGUGCUUUCACCUUCAGAAAGAAUUGCAGACAGUAACUAUUUCAAACAGAAGAACAGAAGAGUUACAGGAAAGAAUAAAUGAUCUAGAAAAAGAGAAUGAACUCUUGAAGGAAAACUAUGAUAAGCUGCAUAACAGUGUCUUCAGUCUGCCCCAUGAACAGCAGUGGAAAUCAAAGGAACAGCAACUGAAACUGCAAAUUGCUAAACUAGAGGCAGCUAUCAAAAAUGAUCUAGCAGACAAAAAUGAAAUCCUUGACAAGAUCAAAGUAGAAAGAGAUCAAAAGGAAAAGCUGAUGCAAGACAACAAAGACCUGCAGUUACGCUACCUGGAACAAAAGCAACAACUAGAUGAUCUGAAAAAUCAAGUGAAGUUUUUAACCAAGGAUCGAAAGCAACAAAAGAAUGUGGACCUUCUGUUCUUAGAAAAAGUGGAAGAUGAUAUCCAUAAAGAUUUAGAAUUCUCCAUGCAGGAGCUGCAGUUAACACAUGUGGAAACUGUGCAAGAACUUGAAAAGACAAGGAAUUUGUUACUUGUGCAGCAUAAAAUUAGCAAAAAUUACCAGACUGAAGUAGAAACAAUGACAAGAAAGAUGGAAAGUCUACAAAAAGACUAUGAGUUAAAAUUGGAACAGUAUACCAAUCUUCUCGACAUUAGAGCUGCACGUAUCAGAAAACUAGAAGCCCAACUAAGAGACAUUGUAUAUGAUACAAAACCACUUAAGCCCAGACAAGAAGUAUUGUCGAGUGAUCCAGUGGGAGGAUUUAUUGAAACUGUUCAUUUAGAAAGAGGAGAGAACCUUUUUGAAAUUCAUAUCAGCAAAGUGAUCUUCUCUUCUGAAGCUAUGCACACUUUUGGUGACUGGGAACCUGCAACCUUUUGUACUUACGCAUUCUAUGACUUUGAACUUCAGAUAACCCCAGUAGUUCAUGGGAAGACCCCGUUAUAUGACUUCACUUCUCAGUUUCUUGUGCAGUCUGAUGAUAGCUUCUUUCACUAUAUACACGAAAACAGCAUCACACUGGAAGUUCAUCGUGCAUAUGGCAUAGAUUAUGAAACAAUUGCUUCUUGUCAGCUUACGUUCCAUGAAAUCUUGGAAAAGGAUGGCAAGAUCUACAACACAGCAGAUUUAGUUGGAAAAACAGGACACAUUCAAAAUUAUGGUACCGUAGAAUACUGGAUCAGGUUACAAGUUCCUAUGGACCAAUCUAUUAUUCCCUACAAACAGAGGUCAAAGGAUCUGGGAUAUAUAAUGCCCAGUUUUAAGGAACAUGAACAACCAUCCAAGCAUGUGGUACAGGAUGCUAAACAGCUGUCGGGUGACAAAGUGAAGGAGAUGGCUGAAGAAAUUCAGCAGGAAAAAGGAGAGCUCUCUCAUCUAUCAGAGGAGCAGUUGGCUGACCAAACAUUGAUUACUUCUAGAGAUGAGACAGAAAUAAUUGAAGAAUUGGAACCAGAAGAUCAAGAAGAUCCUCAAGAGGAUGAUGCUGUUGAAUCAAUAAAAACUGAUAGUGAUGACUGUAUUAUUUCAAGUCCAGUAUCCACAAAUAUUAAACAGCUGAGUCAGAGUAUACAUGGCAAUUAUUUGGAAGUUGAAAAAAUCCAGAUUAAAAUUACAUCACUUAGUCUUACUGAGUCACGAAUUACAGCAGAUGAAACAAUACAGCAGCUGUUUGUAGAAUGCAGAUUAAACAAUUUCCUUGCAGAGGAGACCCCACUGUCACUUCCAAAACUACCUAGUGGUCAGAGGAUUCACUAUAACUAUAGCACUGUGAUAAAUGUGGAUAAGGAAGAUAAUCAUGCAGAAAGAGAGUAUCUCAAGUCAAUUCUUCUAAAGCCAGAUCUACCUGCUGACAGCUUAAAAUUUACAGUGGUCAGUGAUCCUCCAGAAGAUGAGCAGGAUCUUGAAUGUGAGGACAUUGGGUUUGCUUAUGUCAGUUUGAAAGAGAUAUUCCAGAAGCAAAGAGAUAUCAUUGAGCAAGAUAUUGAUGUUUUCGAUUCACAAGAUGCCAGUGCACUAAUUGGAAAGCUCACAGUGACAGUGGAAGCCCUCAAUGCACUGCGUUCAGUCCAUGAGGAAUGCAAAAAUGCUUAGUAGGCAGAAAAGGAACAUUUGCCUAUUGACGUUCUUGCUCCCAGUGUAAAGAUACACUUGAUGGUUCAUCAAAAAUUAGAUCUUUAUCAUUCUCACAGUAUACUUAAUGUAAAAUGUAUAUUAAAAAGAUGCUUGGUGCCCAGGUAUAAGGUUUCGUACACUUUUGAAUCUGUUUUCUUUUUUUUAAGGUUCUUGCUGAAUCAUACUUCAGGCUCUCGACACUUGAUAGUGUAAGAGUCUAACUUAGUUCCAGCGAAGUUUGGUUUCAAAUGCAUGCUUGCUUGUAAAUUUUCAGAUACCAGUUGGGGGUAUUUUGUCUAAGGAAAUAAGUGAUGGUGAACCUUCAAACAGAAAUGCUUGUAGAUUGUUACUAGGAGUAGUUCUGUCACAAUACUAUGUCAGAAUACAAUCAUUCCUGUUUGAAGUGACCUCAGGUAGUUUUUAGUCCAGUCACUGCAGGAUUAGGAAUUAUGUUAGGCUAUGUUGCUCAGGGCUGUAUCCAGCCUGGUCUGAAAACUUCCAAGGACAAGCACUGCUUAACUGCUCUCUGCACAACCUGUUCCAAUGCCUGACUGUUCUCAUAGUGAAAAAAGGAGAUGCAUUUCUACACAUUACUUCAAUCCAAAUUGAAGCCAAAGCUAGAUCUAAGCACAUGGAGCAGCUUUUGCACUUAAUGCACCAUCGGAUAAUUUAAUUUGUUGGGAAUUUUUUUAAUUCUAGGGAUGGCAUGUUUAUCAUUUGUUUCAGCCAUUUAAUAUUUUGCACAGAAAUAAAAAUAACAAAGCAUUUUUAGUGUUGAUUUUCAUGCUUUGCAAUAUACCAUCAUAUUUUGAUCCAGUUUUGUGAAGCAGUUGACAAAAAAAAGUUGUUAUUGUUAUCAGAGUGGUUUGCUCAGGUAACAUUUCUGUAGAUUUGAGUGGUAAACAAUUUGUUAUGGUUUAUUCCUGGGUUCAGAGGUUUUUAUAUUAGGCUUACAUUAUUUUAAGAGUAAGGACAGCUGCAACAGUGCAAGACAGGUCUUCCACACAAUUAGCAAUUAUUUGUUUCACAUUUUUGUGGAACUGUCAUUCUUGUUAAAUGCAGAAUUAUUUCCGUAUAUAUUAAAGUUACCAGAACUGAACCAUUCUUGAAAAAAUGUUGCGAAAAUGUGGUCCUUCUACUGCUACCAAAAAAAAAAAAAAUCAAUAAAGUAAACUCGCUUUGGCUUGUUAUAGACCAGUGGUUAUUCUGAUUACUUACUUAUAUGUAUAAAUAGCUACACAAGCUUACAGCCUUUGACUUCAGUGGUAAUGAACAACCAAACUUCACCUUAACAUGAGAAAAAACUUCUUUACAUUGAAGGUGGCAGAGCACUGGAACAGCUUCCCAGAGAGGUUGUGGAGUCUCCUUCUCUAGAGACAUUCAAGACAAAAAUCUACCUGGACACAUUCCUGCGUCACCUCCAGGUGACCCUACAUUGGUGGCGUGAUUGGACCAGAUGAUCUCCAAAGCGUCUUUCCAACCACCAGCUAACUAUUCUGUGAAUUUAUUUCAAAUCAAUGCCUUUUAUUGAAGAUAAGUAAAGGUAAGAGGUUGAUGUAGCUGGGCUCAUGAAAUUUGCAGCUACUUAAAGGGCCAUUGCAAGUACAGUGGAGCCAGCCAGACUCCUUUCAGUUGUGGCAGACAGUUUAGAAGGGGCACAAAAGCCAGACCUUGCAGUUUCAGUGGACUCUGAUAGGGUUUUGGGGAGAACCUGUUCCCCAGGGGGCUGGUGUGCUGGGAGGGGAUGAGAAGGGGGACAGCAUGGAGGAUGCAUGUCCAGCUGGAUUCCAUGACCCUUGCUGACUCAGGAUAUUCUAAGUUUGUAUGCAUAAUGCAUUUCAAAAAUACUAUGGAUCUUGAACAUUCCUUCUUUAAUAAAGUUCAAAGAUGAAAGCAAAUAUAAUAAUAAAAAAUA